GCGCUCAACAAAAGCUGGUUCUUCUCCUUUUCCUCUCCGAUGACUUUCUUACCGACCAGCUUAGUCUUCUCCAUUACGGCAUCAUUCACCUAUAAAUUUCGCCGCUGGGUUUAAUUCUCUAUUCAUUCAGAACCAAAAAAGAAGAAACCUUUUUGAUUCUCUUUGCGAUUUCUUUGUUCAAUCUCUUCUCAGAUUGUGUGAAUCGGGUUUAAAUCGGGGUUUUAGGGUCUCUGUUUUCAAAAGGGUACCAAAAAGUUUGGAGCUUUACUGUAGAAAGAUUUGAUUUUUCGUUGACCCACUCCGAGAUUUUCGGAUACAAAUCAGGGUUUUAGGGUUUUUGUUGGAAUGGAAGAGGAUUAUCAACAGCCGAGGUUUACGAUUGGUAGGCAAUCAUCAAUGGCGCCGGAGAAGAUUCCGGAGCCGUCGGUUCACUCAGAAGAAGAGGUGUUUGAGGAUGGAGAAGAGAUCGAUGGUGGUGUGAGACUAAUGUAUUUGGCUAAUGAAGGUGACAUUGAAGGGAUUAAGGAGCUUAUUGAUUCAGGGAUUGAUGCUAAUUACAGAGACAUUGAUGAUCGGACUGCUUUACACGUGGCGGCUUGUCAAGGAUUGAAAGAUGUUGUUGAGCUUCUUCUUGAUCGGAAAGCUGAGGUUGAUCCUAAAGAUCGUUGGGGAAGCACUCCAUUUGCAGAUGCGAUAUUUUACAAGAACAUUGAUGUUAUCAAGAUUCUUGAGAUACAUGGAGCUAAACAUCCGAUGGCUCCAAUGCACGUUAAGACUGCUCGUGAAGUCCCUGAGUAUGAAAUAAAUCCUAGUGAGCUUGAUUUCACUCAAAGCAAAGAGAUAACAAAGGGAACUUACUGUAUGGCAAUGUGGCGUGGUAUUCAAGUUGCGGUGAAAAAGCUGGAUGAUGAAGUUUUGAGCGAUGACGAUCAAGUGAGGAAGUUCCAUGAUGAGCUUGCAUUGCUCCAAAGGCUUAGGCAUCCAAACAUUGUGCAGUUUCUUGGUGCUGUAACCCAAAGUAACCCAAUGAUGAUUGUGACUGAAUAUUUGCCCAGGGGGGAUUUGCGUGAAUUGCUCAAACGAAAAGGACAAUUGAAACCAGCUACUGCUGUUAGAUAUGCCCUUGAUAUUGCUAGGGGAAUGAGCUAUCUUCAUGAGAUCAAAGGAGACCCUAUAAUCCACCGCGAUCUUGAACCUUCAAACAUUCUGCGGGAUGAUUCAGGGCAUCUGAAAGUUGCAGACUUUGGAGUAAGCAAGCUUGUUACUGUUAAAGAAGACAAGCCUUUUACAUGUCAAGACAUUUCUUGUCGAUAUAUAGCUCCCGAGGUUUUCACUAGUGAAGAAUACGAUACAAAAGCUGAUGUUUUCUCAUUUGCAUUGAUCGUUCAGGAGAUGAUCGAAGGCCGAAUGCCGUUUGCUGAAAAGGAAGACAGUGAAGCUUCUGAAGCUUAUGCUGGCAAACAUCGGCCAUUAUUCAAAGCUCCAUCAAAGAAUUACCCACAUGGUCUUAAAACGUUGAUAGAAGAAUGCUGGCAUGAGAAACCUGCAAAGCGACCAACUUUCAGAGAGAUCAUUAAACGACUUGAGUCCAUUCUUCACCACAUGGGUCACAAGCGACAAUGGAGGGUCUGUUUCUCUAUAUCUCUAUCAAACACACAUUGAGUUUUGUUUGUUUGUCUCUCUGAUGUGUUUCUACUUCUACAUGUUGUCUUUUUCUUUUCUCAGAUGAGGCCAUUGACAUGCUUUCAGAAUUUCGAGCACAAGAAGAAACAUAAUUGGGAUUUGAGCAGCCAUGACGGCUCAUCAUCCGGUUCACAUUUGUGAUUCUUUAAACGGUUAAAGAAACCAUUCUUUUGUAUCCAUUCCUUCCGGUUUAGUUUGGGUUUCCCCAAAGCAACCGAAUUUGACUUUGUAUAUUUGUUGUACACUGAAGAACUCAAGAAAGUCUUCGUGUAUACAAAAACUGCAUUUUUUUUAUUCUAGUAUACAAAAUUGUUGUAAGAUCUAUGAUUUUAACCGCAAUAUAUAUUUGCUGUUGUAAUCUAAAAAAUUGGUUUAAGAAUAUUUAUGAUUUUUCCUCAAUCUUUUAUGAUCCCUAACUUCGAAAGG